AUGAUCAGUGAUAAGGUUCAGCUUCCUGGAUCAAGUUUACAAGCUACUGCCCAAUCCUUAAAUGUACAGUCUAAAUCUAAUGAAGAAUCUGGGGACACUCAGCAGCCAAGCCAGCCUUCACAGCAGCCUUCAGUUCAGGCGGCCAUACCGCAAACGCAGCUUAUGUUGGCUGGAGGGCAGAUAACUGGGCUUACGUUAACACCAGCCCAGCAGCAAUUAUUGUUACAACAGGCACAGGCACAGUUGCUGGCAGCUGCAGUGCAGCAUUCAGCCAGUCAGCAGCACAAUGCUGCAGGGGCCACCAUCUCAGCUUCUGCUGCAACACCCAUGACACAGAUUCCUCUAUCUCAGCCGAUACAAAUUGCACAGGAUCUGCAGCAUCUACAGCAGCUCCAGCAACAAAAUCUCAAUCUGCAACAGUUUGUCUUGGUGCAUCCAACAACCAACUUGCAACCAGCACAGUUCAUCAUCUCACAAACACCGCAGGGGCAGCAGGGUCUCCUGCAAGCGCAGAAUCUCUUAACGCAACUACCUCAGCAAAGCCAAGCCAACCUCCUGCAGUCUCAGCCAAGCAUCACUUUCACCUCUCAGCAGCCAGCAACCCCAACACGCACAAUAGCAGCGACCCCUAUUCAGCCACUUCCACAGAGCCAGACAACACCAAAGCGAAUUGAUACACCCAGCUUGGAAGAGCCCAGUGAUCUUGAGGAGCUUGAGCAAUUUGCCAAGACUUUUAAACAAAGACGGAUCAAACUUGGAUUCACUCAGGGUGAUGUUGGGCUCGCUAUGGGUAAACUAUAUGGAAAUGAUUUCAGUCAAACUACUAUUUCUCGCUUUGAAGCCUUGAACCUCAGCUUUAAGAACAUGUGCAAGUUAAAACCACUUCUGGAAAAGUGGCUCAAUGAUGCAGAAAACCUCUCAUCUGAUUCAGCUCUUUCCAGCCCAAGUGCCCUGAAUUCUCCAGGGCUGGGGAUUGAAGGCUUGAACCGUAGGAGGAAGAAACGCACCAGCAUAGAGACCAACAUACGUGUGGCCUUAGAGAAGAGUUUCCUGGAGAACCAAAAGCCUACCUCGGAAGAGAUAACCAUGAUAGCUGACCAGCUGAAAAUGGAAAAAGAGGUGAUCCGUGUUUGGUUCUGUAAUCGGCGCCAGAAGGAAAAAAGAAUUAACCCACCUAGUAGUGGUGGAACCAGCAACUCGCCCAUCAAAGCAAUGUUCCCUUGUCCAACUUCAUUGGUGGCAACUACACCAAGCCUUGUGACAAGCAGUGCAGCUACCACUUUGACUGUCAAUCCUGGGCUCCCUUUAACCAGCGCAACUGUAACUAGUUUGGCAGUCACAGGCACCACAGAAACCAUACCCAACAAUACAGCAACUGUAAUUUCUACGGCACCUCCAGCUGCCUCGGCAGUAACAUCACCCUCCCUAAGUCCUUCUCCUUCUGCCUCUGCUUCCACAUCUGAGGCAUCCAGUGCCAGUGAGACAACCACAACCCAGACAACCUCCACCCCCUUGACCUCGGCACUUGGGACCAGCCAGGUGAUGGUAACUGCUUCUGGUUUGCAAACUGCAGCAGCAGCAGCUGCACUACAAGGAGCUGCACAAUUGCCUGCAAAUGCAAGUCUGGCUGCUAUGGCAGCUGCGGCAGGAUUGAAUCCAGGCUUGAUGGCAUCUUCCCAAUUUGCAGCUGGAGGUGCCUUACUUAGUCUCAAUCCUGGGACGCUAGGUGGUGCUCUCAGUCCAGCUCUGAUGAGCAACAGUACAUUGGCAACUAUUCAAGCUCUUGCAUCUGGUGGCUCUCUUCCAAUAACAUCUCUGGAUGCAACUGGGAAUUUGGUAUUUGCCAAUGCUGGGGGUACACCCAACAUCGUAACUGCCCCACUGUUCUUGAACCCUCAGAAUCUUUCACUGCUCACCAGCAACCCAGUUAGUUUGGUCUCUGCAGCUGCAGCCUCCGCAGGGGCCUCUGGACCAGUUGCCAGCCUUCAUGCCACCUCCACCUCAGCAGAAUCUAUCCAGAACUCUCUCUUCACAGUAGCUUCAGCCAGUGGGGCUGCUUCCACCACCACUACGGCCUCCAAGGCACAGUGAGUUGGGCUGAGCUGUGCUAACCCUAGCCUGUUUCAUGCUGCAGUGAGCUUGGCUGUCAGCUGGGCUUCUGAACUGCAAAUUGUGAUUGGCUUCCUCCUGCCGUCUUACUGGGGACAAGGGAGAGAAGGAAAAAUAUUAGAAACAGGAAAAAAAACAGCAAGAAAAAGAAGGAUUUAAAACUGGGACAAACAAUUGCCUAAUUUUAUAAGAAACACUGUCUUUUCAGGAUUGCUUCAUUGAUUGGAGAACUUUCUAACCAAAAAUGUACAAAAAAAAAAGGACUACUUAUCAUUUCCAGCAGUCUCAGUGACAAGUUAAGGUGGGUUAUCAACUCAAACAUAGGAAUGGGUUUUCUUUUUUCUUUUCUUUUUGAUCUGAAUAUCUUUUUUUAAUUAUCUUUUAUUGGUCUGUUGUACAGGCCAUAAUGUCAUACAAGAUGUUUAUAAUCUUAUCAAUUGUGUUGGGGAUUCCUUUCUUAACUGGUACAGUUUAGGCAGGCCUGUAUUACUUGUGUAUCUCUUUAUGAUUAUUAUUUUUUUAUAUAUAAAGAGAAGAAGAAAGUUUGGACACAUUUCUCUUUGCUCCUGGAACAGUUUCAGUGAGCUCCCAUGCACUCAGAGGGAAGAGAGAAGAGAGGGAAGCAUGUGAAUCACAAAUAUCCUUUAUAAUUUUCUUGGUGGAGUGUUUUCUGAGAUUCUCUCAGAAGUGUUGGCAAUUAAAAUAAACAUACUGAGGCUCAUGUGCGAAGAUAGUCCACACAUGUGAGGUGGGAGUUUUGUUUAUACAGCAGUGUGUUCAUCAUUUUUGGCCAAAUCUAGCCCUCAUUUGCACGUCUUUGGCUCUUGUUGAUCCAAGGGGGAAAGGAUUUGGCUUUUCAACUUUUGUGCUGACAAUUCUCUUAUUUCCUAAUUGCAUGGAAAUUGCCACUUUACGACUUUGGAAAUAUUUCUGUUAUUUACUUUCUCAGGAGACUGCCUAUAUUGCUGAUAACUCACAUGCAUCCACUAAAUCUUCUUACCAGCUGUUUGGCAUAGGAUUUCAAAAAGCUGCAUUGGCUCAUCUUUAGAUAUUUUUUUUCUGGAGUCUCUUGCUUUUAUGAUUGUAUUAAAAUUAUUUUGAGUUUAAAACACUUCUGUUCCAGAAGCAAACUGGGUCACAUGAACAGGAAGUACCAUUUAUGCCAACACAGCCAUAAAAAGCAGCCUUGUAAUCUUGUUCCAUUGUAAACAAUUUGUAGUGUUUUUACCAUUGCUUGCUGCUGUGGGAACUGGUGGUAAGGGAUGAUUAAAAAAACAGGCCAACUUGCUGUGGAAUAUGAUGAGCACUAGCAUGUUGCAUGUAUUUUGCAAUGUUUCAUGCUGUUUGUGUUUUUUGCUACUAGCUAAAUCAUUUAUGGCAGUAAACAUCUCUACUAAAGAGGGAAAAACUGUUCUCAAGCAUCAAGUAGUAUGUGCAAACAACUGCUGACAAUGGAUGAGAGAGAGAGAGAGAUGGAGGAAAGGAGACAGAAAUGAUAUAUUGACCUGAACUCAUAUUUUCUCAGAUAAAAAGAGGUUGGAUCACUACUGCAUAGCUGGCACUUUCCUAUCCCUUUGAUCCAAAUUGGAAAAUAUUAGAACUGUUCAAUGUUCCUUUCUAUUAAUAUUUGGAAGAGGGGGAAGAGGGACGAGGAAGUUCUUAAGCUCACAUAGCUGCAAUCCAUUCCUUGCCCCCCCCCACAUAUAAUCUUGUCUCUGAUCACCUAAUAACAGAAAGAGAGUUCAUUUCUAUUGCCCUCUCCAACUGGUGACCGCAGUUUGCAGAUCUGCAUUAACUAUCAACUGGCAGAAAUCUGUCUCCUCUCCACUACUAUCAUGCUGCCUGCUCUCUGUUCAUCUUCAACUUCCUGAUUCACAAGCUAUUUAAAUAUAAGAAACUUAUUUCCUAAAACUUUAAAAAAAAACUUGUGAACUGUUAAGCAGGGAAAUGAGCAAAUGUCCGUCCACCGUCUUUAAUGUGUGUUUAUUUUUUUUAAUGUUUUAUUUUUUAAAAACUAAGCUUGAACCAAAGUCAAUUUCUAGCAAGCUGCUGUACUAAUGGACUAGUUUGUAUAAGUGCAGUUCAGAUGCAGAGAGGUGAUAGAUGCUACUGACAAUUUCUUUUCAUUUGUUUAUUAUUUUAUGUAAAAAUUGCUGCUUGUUUUAAUCUUUUGGUGGGGAAGAGGUUGAUCUUUUUGUAUAUCCUUAGGACAAAGUCUUAACUUGAUUAUUUUCUAAUUUCCAUGGUUUGGGGUGGGUAAAUAGAAUGACAAUGGCAAAUGCUUACUAAUUUAGCUGAUUCUGCAUUCUCCAUAGCAGUUUGGAUCAGUAUAAAUCCUAGGAUAUGCUAUCACCAUAAUUCUAGUCUCAAUUAUAAUAUUUUGUGUCAAAGAUUUAAUUGACUUAUAGCAACAGCAUAGUGCAGUUAAAGUAAGAAGACAGGAGAAUAUUCAAGAUGCUUGCCUGUAGGCCAUUAUAUUGACUAAUUUCUACCAAAGGAAAUAUUGGUCCAGUAAAUGUUUAUUUUGUCCAUUGAAAAAAGGUUUUGCUUUUUUAUACACGCACAAACCCACAUAUAAUUCUAAAAGCAAAGAAGGUGACUUUUGAUUGUGUUUGCUCAUCCAUAGGCUUCAAGGUAAAGGUCCUAUGGAUUUAAUGAACCAAAAAACAAAAAAAUAUCCAUUUUAUCAUCAUAAACAUUUUUGAGAAAAUUCAGGGAAAUUAAUUUGGUUUGUCUGCCUGCAGUUGAUUAGGUUCACUAUUUUUUGUUAGGUGUGAAGGUAUAGAGAUACUCAGAAUUCUAAUUAGCUCAGAUGAUUGCUAUAAAACAUAACUAUUUUAAUUUGCUCAUAUAAUGCAUGAAUCCAACAUGCAUUAUAUGAACUUAUUUAUAAACUUUUUUUUAGACCUUUCCACUCUUCCCUAUGUCGUACAAAUAGCUACACAUCUAAGAGGUUUUAUAAGUCUUAUGUCAGAGAAACUGGAAAUUGAGAAACAGACAAAUCAACAGUUGUUUGGUUGAAUUGUAAGGUUUAUGUUUAAUUUAAGUGUUUCGGUUAUGUAUUUGAUGAGUUAUCAAGAGAUUACUUAAAAUUUCCAAUAAUACAAAAUACUGGAGUUUUAAUGGUUAUCACUAUUAUUUUGCCACCUAUUCUACUCAGUAAUAUGCAUGCUCCAUAAAUUAACAUAUAAACAUUAUUGCACAGUCUAAAAUAAUUGUAAGCUUCCAUAAUAUUGUAAAAGUUACAAUUGAUUUAAAACUUCAGCAGAAUAUCAGAUGUGUAUAAUUAGAGAACAUGUAGGAAUAAACAGUAUGGAGGUCCAGAAAACACAAACAUAUUCUAGAAGUUGUGACAACUUUCAGAUAGUCACUACAAACGCAGUUUAUGCACUCAAAAAUAUGUUCACUGUAUACAUAUUCUCUAAUAACUAGAGAUGAUCACUUAUUCUAUCACUUGAGUUAAUUACCUGAGUUAAUUGUGUUCCAAUCUCUCAGUGUUCUAAAAUAUGAGACUGUUUCCAUUUCAUAGCUAGGUUAUUUUGUUGUCCUAUUCAUCAAUUCAAUGAAAUACAAUUUUAUAAACCAGAAUUUGCAAUGUUGUUCUGGGACCUUAUUACCUUACUUUACAUUAAUCUUCUUUUAUCUGUUAUUCUUCAGAGAAUUGGAUCACCUUUCCCUUUGCCUCAAUACAGAAAUUAUACUGGUUGGGGAAAGUGGGGAUUUCAGUCCAGUGCAUUUGAUGAAUUUCAGAUUAGAAAUGAUUGCCACAGAAAUUUAUUGUUGAUUCGUGGUGAAACAGAUAGAUUUUUAUCCUAGUUUCUUCAGUCUUUGUAGCUGCAGAUAAUUUCUGAAAAUUGAACAAGCUGCAUUCCUUUCAAAUCAGGGGAAAACUUUUGAUUACGUGUAAUGAAGCUAAAAUGCCAGAAUGUUAAAGGUAUAAAAAGAACGACAUUUUGAGAAAACGAAUCUCUUGACAAAUAUUUUAAGAAAGCAGUCUGAGGUUGAUCUAGCUUGUGAGCAUUUACAGUCAUUGUAAAUACUUUCUGUAGUAAGAAAAUUGUUCUUCUACAAACGUAUAGCAGGUGUUGAAAACAUUAAACCUAUGAAGUUUAGAAUUUCAAAAUUAGCUUUCCAUUUUUCCUUUUGAUCAUGUGCUACCAGUUUAUACAUUAUGGAUUUCAUGUACAGUGUUCAUAUAUGCAACAAGCAUCAUAUGAAUAUUUUUUUAACAGUUCACUUUUGAAGAGCAUAACAUUCAUGCUUUUCUGACAUAUUAUGGCUCCUUUUUGUUCAGGGCUUGAACUUUAUGUAAGGCUAUUAAAUGUAGACUUUUUUCCUUUUUUCCCUUUCCUUUGGAAAUGUAUAAAUCUAUCUACAUAAAUAGCCAUUGUAUUGAAACACAACUAUUACAGCCAUGCCAAUAAAUUGUUCAGAUAGCCUGUUGGUUCAAGAAUGUCUUCUAGGCCACCUGCAGUAAGUAGCUCAACCCACAUUGACUUACAUAGUUCAAAUUGAAGAGCUAGAUCUCCAGAAAACAUAAUAUCAGCUAAGUUAUUACUAGUUCAUGUUUUAUUGUAAACAUCAUCUGGCAAUAUAUAAUAUUGAAUCUCUGGUCAUUUGUAGCUUAAUGCUUCAAAGCACGAGAAAUCAAGCCAACAGGUCCCUUUGUUGAACUGUUCAAAUAACACAGGGAAUGAGCGCCUAUUAUUGUUCAGCUUGUUUUAGCGACAUUGAGAUGUUUCUCUUGAAUACUGAUACCUAGGAUCUGUAGACUGACUAUAUAUGAAAUAUGGAUUAUAUAUCUCAGAUAUGACAGCACUGGGAUACUGUACUCUCUAUAGGAACUAUUUGCCAUUUCUCUAUCUACUCCAUAUACAGGUCUGUAUGUUCAGUAGUUUUAUUUGAUGCCUACAGAAGGUUGGAAAUAAUACAGUGAUCAAUUAAUACUCCCAGAAUCUAAGUAACCAUUAAGAGAGUGGGUCACGUUCAUGUUAACUUUAGGCAACAUGAUGUGGCAAUAUAAAAAGGCAAGAUGGAUAGGAAGAAUUCCUUUAGAGGAAAGUGCAAUCCCAAGCUACAUCUUAUUACUAGCAACAGAGAUCAGAUCCAGUCCCUUAGAAACAAUACAUGCUGACCCAAGGAUGCAUGCAUACUUUGUGGAGGAGACCAUACUUUAGAGAAUUUUAAUGUAGUGAAUGAGGGUUCAGGUGAGGGAGAGAAAUAUAACAGUCUUUCUUUGCUGCUGAGAAACACUGAAAUCCUGAAGGUUGGAUCCACUUUUUCAGUUUCAGUUGCCGGAGGAAAUAAUGUUGUACCCUGACUUGGUAGAAUGCAUUAAAUUGCAUUACAAUAAAUGUAAAUUUUAUCUAUAUACUAGAUAAUUCAGCCAAAGAUGGUAUAUGUCAUUUGAAGAUAUAAGGAAGAGCAGAGGAAUUCCAGAAUUUCCAAUGCUAGACACCAGGCUUAAAAUCCAUCGUUGCCUUAUUCUCCUUAACUUUUCUUUUCACUUGUGUAUGAUGUGUGGAAAAUUUACUCAGAUAGUCAUUUUUAUCUGGACUCUUUAUUUUUUAUGUCUAUCCUGAUUGAUAUUUUACAGCAAACAAGAAUCUAGAAAAAUGUAAACUGGUUCUUUGUUAAAACAUAUAAACUGUAUUUAAUUCACUAUCACUUUGAUUGGCAAUAUUUUUAUUUAGUUUAAUUCUGACAGCAAGAUAUAAUUAAACAUAUAUUUGAGAGAGAAAAAAUAUUGCCAAUAUGCCAAUUUUUCAAGCCAAAAUUAUAGAAAUUAUAAAAAUUUUGCCAGUGGGUGUGCAGCCAGCAGUGGACAGACUCUAAAACUAUGUUUGGCAUUUGGUAGGGGGGGUGUGUGGAACAGGAUCCUGUUUUACUAAGACUACUGAAAGAUGGAAUUUGAGUCAAAUGAAAUGUUACGGGGAACAAAGUAGUAAGCAAAGCAUAUAUUUCUAGAAUCAUUUUUGCAUAAAAAAUGAAGCUUGUAAAUGGUGAGUUCUGAAAAAUAUUGUUGAGGUCUUGCUUUAGGAAAUCCUCUUUUAAUUUAGCAGUGGAUUCACAUGAAAAUAAUGCAGUUCCCCUUGUGACUUCAAACACUGAGAGAUUUUGCAUAAUAAAUAUGUAAAAUCCAUUUCUGACUAGUUAUCAUUUGGCAAACUGAGGGGGUUUGAUCUGGCCAUCUUGCUUUUGGAGCUACCCAACUAUAUUGGUAGUGCAAAACUAAAUACAUGACUUUUUUCUAUUUUGUUACAUAAAAUGAAUAAUAAACCAUGCUAGUAAGGGCAUUUUUCAGUUACAUUUGCUUAAAAUAAUAAUGUUAGCAUUAAAUUCCAAUUCUCAAUAAUAUGAUUCUUACACUAUUGAUGGACUUAAAAAAUGCCGUAAAAGAAUAUCCUUGACCUGACUCUUUCCAGUUUUAUCUCAAACAUUUGAAAUGUUUAUACUUAAUCUGUAUAUCCCUAUCUGUACUUUUUAGUAUAUAAAUCCUACAAGGAUUUAAACGUUCAUAAAUGUAUAUAGGAAAAAGUGAUCAUAGAGUAAACACUACCAGAAGUAAAAUCUGUUGAUAAAAGUUGUCUGUGACCUUAGGGUACGUUGGCCAAUUACGUAAAGCUACGUUCUAGUAUUCUUAAAGCAAUACAUUAUUUUAAAAAUUCAACUGCAUAAUUCUUGUUCUGUGCAGCAUUGGGGCCAAAUUUAACUUGUCAACAUUUCAGAUGAUUAAGUGGGAAAAGUUAAAUCAUAUCCCUGAGUAUUUAAGUUGGAUUUGAGUUCCUUUGUUAAUGGCAAGAAAAGAAGAAACACAAUUGUAAUUAGUGCCAAUUCAUUGUUUUCUUGAAUUCUUCUUACUUUAUUAUGACUAUUAUUGGUUUUUAACAUGUUUUAAUGGGGUUUUUUUAAUUGUCCGCUUAUUUUUUGCUAUUGCUUUCAAAUUCCUGAAGUCAUAUUGGGUCUAAAAUGAAAUUUUCAUUGUAUUCCAUAUUUCUAUUAGACCAUUUUAAACACACACCAUGCAAUAAAAACAAAUUUCUAUUUUCAUGACACAGAAAGACAUCUAAAUCAACUGUUAAUGAAAAUCUGAAAUCAAAUCAAUCUUUGAUUCAUUUCCCACUCCCUGUCCAAAUUACAGUGUAUACUGUAAAUAGAAAGCUCAACUUUUAAUUCUGGUUAAUUGUUAAUAGCCCAUGCCAGACUUUUAUUCCCUUAUUUAAGAAUAUGAAGCUAUUUCACAUAUUUAGAUUUUUCCUAUAUGAAAUACUAUCUCCCAUUUAGGAAACUAUGACAUAAAUAUGCAGUGAACGCUUAUCUUUGCUCUGGGAACACAACCUGCAUUUCUACUGCAUGCACAGAGAUUUGCUCUUAAGGCAAAUUACAAUGACCUUUAAUUCACACUGGAACUAAUGUAGCUUUAUUAUUGAGAAGGAAAACUAUUUUAAGAUGUUUAACUUUUGCUAUAUUUGUAGACGUCUCCUUGCACAUUCUGACUUCUGUGCAAAUCUGUGUUGUUGAACUGAAGGUUAGUAUGUUUGCUAUAUAUUUUCUCCCCAGGGGAGUAAAAUGAAGACAUUUUGACUGAAAUAAUUCGGAAUAUCACUCUGUCCCUUCUCAUCUCUUGUUUUUAAAGCAGGCAAUGUUAUAGGAUUGUAGAAACAAUGCCUUUGGUAGCAGCUGGUUUUCUGGCACCUUUAAAAAGAUACCUCAGCAUAGCUUUAGUAUUGUUUGCAGACUGAAAAAUCAGGAGAGAGCAUCUUUAUAAAUAGUGGAAGUAACUGUAGUGGUAGAGUUUAGUUAAACGUCUGGAAACCCAGUGUAUAUGUAUUUGGAAAUCUGUGUUUUACAGGGAUGGUGUUGGGAAGAAGCAGAUUAUGUUGACUAUGCUUAGAAGGUAGGAGUAUAAAAAACAUUUCGAACUGUUUCAAGUGUGAAACUUCAUGACACUGUUCUGACUACAAAAGGCCCAAAUGUUUUGGAAAUUCUUCAGGGUUGAAACAGUGCUUCACGUUCAAAUAGCUCCCUUUCAGGGUUGAAAUACUUGCAAAACAUUCAGACUGAUUCAGCCAGUAACUGAUUCAAAAUUGGAAGUUUUAACAAGUUUUACACUUGAAUAGCAAGUACACUCCUACUAGAAGGCAAGUGUUGCUUACAACUUCAUUCUUUCUCUUUUUUAAUUUUAUCUUGCCAAAGGAAGCAGACUCUUACUCCUGAAUCUGGGAUUCUUUGAUUAUUAAUAAUAUUCAGUAUAUCAAACGACAGUAUAUAGGUUACCAAUUUGACUUGCUAUAUUGUGUUAUUUGUACACACAGAAAUAAAAUGAUCAAUCCAUUUCAACCUGUGUAGUUGCACUAGGGCUGCUCUUAAGCCAAGAUGUUUAACUUGGGGGUGGGAGUAGAAGAUUUCCAUCUAAAUCAAAUCAGAAAGUUAUUGUAAAAUGGUUGCUUUUAUUCCCACCCAUUUUGCCAUUGAUUGUAGUGCUUAAUAAUAAAUACUUUUUAAAUAAUUUUUAAAGUGACAAUGUUAACCUUUUCUAGACCAAAAAUUGCAGAAGAUAAACCAAACUAAACACUAAUCUCCUCUUAACACUUAAAUAUAGUGUACAGGGGGGGGGAGAUGAUCUUGUACGAUAAUCCUUGGGAAAAAGGAUUUCUUACUGAAUAGAUGAUUAUUCUUGUUAUAAUUUUGCUGAGAGGCUGGGUCAUUUUUUGCAAAGAAUGCAUAUUUUGGUUUGAAGACUGAAUUCUUUAGAUUUGUCUAUUCCAUCCUUAUUCUAACGUAUUCUUUAGAAUAAUAUUAGUGUGUAUGUGUAUUUGUUGCUGGCAUAUUAUUUGAGAAUGAGGGACUUAGACUGACUGGAGGGGAGAAUUUCCAAUGGCUUUUAUGCUUAAAGGCACUGGUAAAUCUUUGCCAACUUUCCUGUUUUCAGAGUGUCUUAAGAUUAAAAAAAAGGUGGUCUUAGAAGUUUAUAUUGAUAGCUUUUUUCUUUGAAGACAUAAUUUAUAGUGGUUUUUCUUGUACAAAUGGGCUUAAUUUGGCUGAUUUCAUUGAGGACAUAUUGGAAUCAAGAACUGAUUAAAACAAAAGCCAAGGUCAUAAGCUAUUAUUUGGAAACAGGGAAACCUGAAAUAUUAAAAAAAUGCAUCAUCUUCUGGCACAGUUCAGAUAUACUGGGUGAUGUCUUUUUCUUUACAUAAUGGAAAUGUUGGAGAUAACUGGGGUUUUUUUACUCACCAAAAGAGCUUUCCAUAUUCUCACAUGAUGUGCUGUGGCUUGAUUAACUGCAAUAAUCAAGUUCUACGUACGCUUCUAUAAAGAAAGCAGUUGUGUAAUUAUAUAUGGAUUGUCCAUUUCUUACUUUGUAAAUCAGCUAGAAUGCAUAACCUCACUGAAAGCUUUAAUAAUAGAUUUGGUGUUCUGACUUUAUGUAAAGUAGUAUUAAUAUUGUGUGAUUUUCCUAAACUAGUUAGAUUUAUAGGUAGAAAAUAGGAAAAUACGUUCAAAGAUAAGAGCACUUGGAACAAAAGAUGUUGAAAACAAGAGAGGAAGGAAAUGAAACGGUAGGUGGGAUCUUGAAAGAAAAAUUCUUAAUGGAGAGAACUGCAAUGAUUCUCUUCUGCCUUAUUUCUAAUCUUUGUUUGCUGAAGCCAAAAUAUUGACUUAAAGUCUGUUGUGAACUCUUCCUCCAAUGUUCAUUGUCGCAAUCUUCUUCUGACACCAAAAAUAAUACUGCUUUUUCACUGGGUAAAACCCAUUAAAAUAAGUUUUCCGAAUAAUUUCUAAUUUUAUUUGAUAUACCAGAAAGUUUUCAGCACUGAUGGUGCUGGUCAUAAGAAUACUAUAAGUUAUUUGAUAUAUGUUGGAAUGUAUAAGUCUGCAUUUAAUUAAGAUAUACAUCAAGCAAAGCUACUUUUUCAGUAGGUUUGUAAAGGGCAUUAUUGUGGGGCAGGAAGCCAUUGUUUGCCCUGUAUAAUCCUUAUUAUGAUUUUAAGGCUUAAGAUUCAGUUUCUCUGAACUGCAAAGAAAACAUACCAUAGAUAUCGAUAUGGCAGUGCAUAGAUAACUCUACUUACUUAAAACUCGUUGGAGAAGACUUGCACUUUUCUCUAAAAUCCACAAGGCAAAAGAUCGGGUACAAGAAUCUUUUAGAGCAUGAUGAGACAUUUUCACUCCUUGAUCCUACCAUGUUGAUGUUCCAUUUCCUUUUUCUGUAAUAGUAUCUAAGCUAGGUAUGAAUAGGUGUCGGAUAUUUAUCCGCCACAGGUACAGGAGCUGUCGUAUACCUCAUUUCUAACUCGUAACCGAGUGACUUGCUUUAACUUUCUCCAAACCCUACAGAGUUGCCAAGUCUGCCACCCUUCCUUUAAUUAGCAUUGAACUCUGGCCUAUAGCAAACCGUGACCUGUAACCUGGGGACAGAUCCCCCAAAGCCUCUGAACGUUGCUGCUUAAAAGCUACUGCAAACUGAGGGCAAAUUGCAAUCUUUUAUUUGUUUUGGUUACUGGGGGUCAUCUUGUAGUCUUUGAAUAACCAUCUCUUUCCCAGCUUGUGCAUGAAAUCUGAAUGCUGCCUUCUGCCACCUCCUGGCGAGAUGACAGGGCUCUUGUUUUCCAGGAUCAAGCCAGGGCCAACUUGUGUGCAUACAUACCACUUUCUACCUUUUAUCCUGUUGUCUUUGACUGUCACUCCUUUUCUAAAACAUGUCCUUUUAUUAUUUGACAAUCUUGUUUAUUUGCCACCUCUUCCCUCUGGGUUAACCAAAAGCUUUAUCUAUGCUCUUUCUACCAUUUUAGUUUGAAUGUACUUUUCCCCAUGCCUUUAGAAAGGGACGUUUUGCCAGGUCACGGUACCCUGCUAUAUGCUGAGGGGGGCGGUUUCUUUGUUUUGUUUUGUUCUUUUAAAAAAUUCCAGCCAAAACCAAAGAUUUCCUAAUGAUUGUAUAAACUCAAAACAAACAAACAAACCAAAGACAAAGGGCAUCUUCAGCACCAAUCAAAUUCGGGAAGCCAUCUUUUCUGGGUGUGCAAGAGAUGAAUCCCAAAGUGGCUUUUGCCUUCCAGUCCAAAAUGCAGUAGAUGGCUUGAUCUAAGAUAAUGUGGAUUUGGUCAGCAAGGUAACUUUUCUCCCACUCUGUUUGGGAUGCAAAGUACUCUUACAAGAUUACAAAUCCAAGGGGCGUGGAGAAAAGCUUGGAGAAAUGUGAUGGAGCUUUAUAUAUUGGUUGUGAAGCUGAAAUCCUUGGUGCAUGAUUGGCUGCUCUGGUGGGUACUUUUAACCCUUUGUGAGCUGGGUGAUAAAUUGAUUGAUACAUGCUAGGGUGCACUUCUGAGCUUCCCCCCGCCACUGCUUGGAAGAGGUGUCCUAUUGUGAGAAAUAUCUGAAAAAAAAAUUUUUUUUUCUUCUUUUCUGCUUUUUCCUUUUUGUUGUUUGUUCAUUAUUUUUGCAGCACCACUGUGCAACUAUGCAUUGUAUUUCUCAACAUUUUUGCUAGGUAGAUGUCUAUGACUUUUUAAACUUUGGGGGAGGGGGGUUGCCAACGAAGGAACUUUUUACACAAAUCUUUUAAAUCUCAGUUAAGUAGGGGUGUUUGGUUCUAGGAUCAUACAAGCUCUAUCCCAAAGCAAAAUCCAAAUGUUAAUAAUAUUAGCCUGAUGCAGAUACCAAAGAUAAUUUCUUUCCUGCAGAACCUUAGACUUGUGUAUUAAGUACAAUUACCCAGCACUUGCAUUAGUCUAACCUCAGUAAUUCCAAAGCUUAGAUGUAUAUUUUGGUAUAUUUCUGGGAUAUUAAAAAUGUGUUUAAAUUCUUGUUUGUUUCUGUGUAAUGCUCUUAAAGUCAUAGCAUGGAGAUAAUUGAUUGUCUUAUUCUUAGUAGUUUGAAAUAAUAGUAUUUUUGUAUGUUUUGGGUGUGUCUAUGUAUGUAUUAACACAAUAGUUUUCACUGCCUAGGUGUUCAUAAUUGAGGAAAAAUGUACAUAAUCUGUAAUUUCCAUCGGAUUGUCAAUUUAGAUUGCAUUUUCUCUUAUUGCCAUUCUGAACAGAGAGAUUUUUUUUAAAGAGACAGCAUGCUUAUAUGUAUAAAAUUGAACCUUUGCCCUACUCAGAAGGCAUCGUCCAUUCAUAUCCAAAGGUGAGAUAAGAAGCCAGGUAAAGCCGUUCACUAAAGGGUAAUCCAUGGUUCUGAUGUCAUAACUUUUUUCUUUUUGUUACAAGAGAAUUAUUUUGCUCUAAGGCAAUCAAUGGACGCAUGGCUUAGAAAAAUGUUUAUUGCCCUUCCUCUUGCAAAACCUAGUAUGUAAUUUUUGUGGACUACACAGCUUCAUGUACAUUGAUCAAUAGAUUUUUUUUUCUGCUGAUUCUUUUUUUAAAUGAUCGUUUGUAUAAUUUAAUUUGGAAUGUACGUCAACUUAAAAGAGUUGUUUACAUAUCGUACAACAUUCAUUCUUGCUUAUGGUCAGUCUGAGAUCCCUAUCCUGAGGGAGAUCAAAAGAAUGCUGUCUCUUAAAGAUAUCUUCUGUUUUCCCCCUAGUGGCUGCCUGCAGGUGGCUUGUGGGCAUUGAGAAACUGUUGAUUACAGUGAAUCAGGAUAAAAAUGGUAGGUUUUGUGUACAUGCAUUUGUCUGCUGUAAUUUUUAUAUAUAUGAGACUUACUGUAACUGUACAGUUCAUUUCUGUUGUAAACGUCAUUAAACCAUUUUUCCAAGUGUUUUAACAAU